AUGGCCGUAAAGAUCGUCGGUGUUCCUGUCUCGACGUGCACCCGCGCAGUUACAGUUGCACUGAAAGAGAUCAAUGUCCCGUACGAGAUCGAACCAGUCGAUUUUGCCAAUAUGAAGUCCAACGAAUACAUCGAGCAAAAGCACCCCUUCGGCCAAAUUCCUGUUCUUGUCGAAGACGAUGGCUUCAAGCUCUUCGAAAGCCGUGCGAUCGCACGCUACUUGAUUGCGAAACAUGCACCAAACAGCAAGCUUAUCCCCAAAGAGCCGAAGGCGAACGCGUUGUUUGAGCAAGCAAUGUCAAUUGAGAACAAUGACUUCUAUCCGUAUGCAUCCGGGUUGGCCGCAGAGAAGGUCUUCAAACCAAUGCAUGGUAUGCAAGGGUCCGAGGAGCGCGCCACUGAAUACGCCUCCACGCUGGAGAAGAAGCUAGAGGGAUACGAACGUAUCCUUAGCAAACAGAAGUAUCUCGCUGGUAAUGAUCUCACGCUUGCAGACCUUCUACACCUCCCGUAUGGUUCCCUCAUCACCGAGCAAAUUGGGUUCAAGGGACUCCAGGCGACUCCUAACGUUGCAUGUUGGUGGAACGACAUUUCGUCUCGUGAGACCUGGAAGGCAGUCCAAGCUGAGAUGCAGGCAUACUUGGCAGCGCAAAAGAAGUAG